AUGACUAAUUCAGAUAUCAACAAUUUCUUUGAUACAACUAUUUCUAAUGGUAAUAACUUCAUGACAGGCUACAAGUUUUCUACAUUUCCUACUUAAUUCAUUUAAGGAUGCGGUAUGGUAUGGAAUAAUGCUAUAUAUUAAAAACCAUGGAGUAUAUCCAAACCUCACUAUGUUGUUACAUUUAGAUCUAAUGUUACAUAUGGUGAUGGAUAUGGCGGAGUUUUAAUCACAAAAUUUAAGGUGUAAAAUCCGCUGCCUAUACAAAUCCAUUAUCAGGUGGUUAUAGAAAUUAUCAUUAAUUAAAAUACAACCUAACCAUAUAUAUCUUGA